AGGGAUAUGGUUAUUAUGGUUGGCGGUGGUUUGAAGGCGGCGAUGUUAAUGUCGUCGUCGUUGAGUCACGUGCGUCCUCUAACAUGCGCUUCGUCGUCGCGAUUAGUGUCGCAUCCACACGACCUUGUGAAAUGGGUAAAAAGAGAAGGUGGUUUCGUUCACCGUGCGGUGAAGAUAGCGCAACCCGAUUCCGGUGGUUUAGGGUUAGGGUUAGGGUUAGUGGCUAAAGAAGAAAUUCCGAUUGGUACUGACCUAAUUGUUCUUCCUCAGCAUCUUCCUUUGCAUUUCACGUCUUUUCAUCAGGAUCAGAAGAAUGAUGAGAACUCUGUUCUUCUUCAAUUGAGCUCACAUGUUCCUGCUUUUGACAGAUGAAUUAUGGGCAAUGAAACUGGGUUUGAAGCUUCUCCAUGAAAGGGCAAAACAUGGAUCUUUUUGGUGGCCAUAUAUCAGUAAUCUCCCAGAAACUUACACUCUUCCGAUCUUCUUUCCUGGGGAAGAUAUCAAGAAUUUGCAGUAUGCUCCGAUUCUUCACCAGGUAAACAAAAGAUGCCGAUUUCUUCUUGAUUUUGAGAAACAAGUCAAGCGUGCGCUAGUUGGUGUUACACCAGAUAAGCAUCCUUUUGGUGGUCAAGAAGUAGAUGCUUCGUCUCUGGGAUGGGCAAUGUCAGCAGUUUCAUCUAGAGCAUUCAAGUUACAUGGUAACAAGAAUUCAAAUGGGAUAAACUUUGAUAUACCGAUGAUGCUCCCUCUAAUUGACAUGUGUAAUCAUAGUUUCAAUCCAAAUGCUAGAAUUGUUCAGGAGCAAGAAACUGGUAGCACAGACAUGCGUGUGAAGGUUGUGGCUGAGAAAGUCAUCAGGGAAGAUGAUCCUUUAUUACUCUGCUACGGAUGUUUAAACAAUGAUCUUUUCCUUCUUGAUUACGGAUUCGUGAUACAAUCAAACCCUUAUGACUGUAUCGAGCUCAGAUAUGAUGGUGCUCUUUUGGAGGCGGCAAGCACGGCAGCUGGAGUUUCUUCACCAAAUUUCUCCACACCUGCUCCAUGGCAGGAACUUAUUUUAUCACAGCUGAAUCUAGCUGGAGAAGCUCCUGAUCUCAAGGUGAGCAUAGGUGGUCAAGAAAUAAUCGAAGGUCGUUUAUUGGCCGCACUGAGAGUCCUCCUUGCAAGUGAUAUGGAAACUGUACAAAAGUAUGACCUCAGCACACUCAAGUCUGUAGAUGCUGAGGCUCCACUUGGUGUUGCGAUUGACAUUGCUGUAUUUCGUACUUUGAUCGCUCUAUGUGUCGUUGCAUUGGGACACUUUCCCACCAAAUUAAUGGAUGAUGAAUCCUUAUUGAAGCAGGGUGCUUCUGGUUCAACAGAGUUAGCCAUUCAUUUCAGAAUCCAAAAGAAAUCUAUAAUUAUAGAUGUGAUGAAAAACCUUGCUAGGAAGGUAAAGGUUCUUUCAUCAAAUGAGACAGCUACUGCUGAAGGCUAAGAUUCAACACUUUCUGGCAUGAAUCUCAUCUCGAAUCUUCUUUUGUCUUGUCUUGUCAUGUGAUUUUUAUUCUUUUAAGAUUCUAACUGUAUUAUGUUUUUUUGUCGAGAUGGUCAACUAUGAAGUUCUAGAUUCCAUGUUUACCUUAGUAAUAUCGAUAUUUAUCUACUAUUGAAUUAGAUGUUACGGACAAAUAAUGUCUACAUUUUACUUCUA